GGGCAUCGCAUUUCACAUCUGGACAAAGCAGCAGCAGAUGUUGCGCUUCGUGUGCUCCGUUUCCGCGCUGUCAUUGUUUCCGUUUCCACCCACGAGAAGACACUGCCUCGCGCCUCCACACAAACUGUGGAGCAGCCUGUAUCUCCUUUCCUUUCUUGUUUUCUUUUUUUCCUUGAAUCCGUUACGUGCAGUUUGGAGUCUCUGAAGCGAUUUGAGGAGAUACUUCUGGUUGAAGAAUGGGGGACAUCGAGGCUCCCAGCUCUCCGCCGAGCCACACCGCCACACUGCUCUCUGUUCUCCCGAGCAAAGAGUUCGCCUCGUCCAGGAAAGGAAUGCUGCUUAUUGCUGAAGUGGUUCUCUCCUUCAUUUCGUUCGUGUGCUUCGCCGCGUCCACUGCAGCCGGCUUCGUCACCAUCCCGCUGGUGGAGUUUCUGGCUGCUCUCUUCUUGUUGUUCGCCUACUCCACCAAGUUCUACGAAAGGUUUCAAAGCUUCUUCUGGCCUCUUAUGGAUUUCAUGAGAUGUGUGACUGCCUCCAUCACCUUCUUCAUCAUCUCCAUCAUCGCAGUGUCCAAAUAUGUGGAUGAGCCUUCUAAGGCUGCUGCGGUGUUUGGAUUCAUCGCCACCAUCGUGUUCGCUCUGGAUUUUUACCUCAUCUUUAAUGAGCUGGCCGAUUUCCUGAAGCAAAGAGAUGACACACAGGAUGAGCCGUCAAGACAGCAAGAUGACUCUUCAGACUCCGACUCAGACUGAGACCAGGACGGAUCCUCACCAGCCGACACAAAGUGAACCUUUUGCAGUCGAAGCUGCUGGUUUUCUACCCACGACAAGGUUACAUUAAUACUGUCCACUGUGGGCGAUCACAUUCAGGUCACACUGACUGUAAUUAAAGCAACACUAUGUAACUUCUGCUGGAUAUGCUGCAUGUCAUUGGAGCAAACAAAUCUGGGUUCAGAGCUUGCUAGGCCUCAUUGCUAAUUUGGCCGUUUCAGUUGCUAGCUAAGCUCACUAAGUUACACACUUCUUACAUUAACAAAAAAGAAUGUAUUAAUAUGUUAGUCUGACUAAAAGCAGACUUUUAAAAUACAUGUUUGUCUGACUGAAAUUGUUCUAAAUUGAAAUUCUCGUUCUUUAAACCAACACCCAGGGAGUCGGAGCAGUUCCCGCCCCGGGCUAAGAAGCUGGUGAUAAACAACAGUGAUGUUUUAUGUUCUAUCAGCUUAAGGAACUGCAUAUUUCAAGGUUCAUAGAUGGUAGGAAGACUUGGAAUGGCGCUUAACACGCGAACAACUAUACUAGCUGCAUGCUAAACCAGAAACAACCUAAUGCUAACAAGCUUAAAUCACUGGGACACUGGGACAAGGACAGUCGUCUUUUUAAACGACGUAGUCAUGCAUGGAAUGAAGUGUUUCUACCCACUCAACAAACUUAAUGACAAAUAGAACCCAGUGAGCAUCAGCAUCAUUUUAAAGCUGUUAUUUCUUUUAGAGGAAAAUCUUGCAUAGUGUUGCUUUACUUUGCUGCAUUCUGUUUAGUUUCUGCUGGAGCCAAAAUAUGUUUAACGGUGAAGAACUUGGAUGUUGACGUUCUUCUGCUGAACGUUUCACGCAGGAAUUUAAAGCCAUGUGACAAAUAUGCCGAUAGUAACUUACUUUUACUUUCUCACAGUGUUUUCCAAACUUUCUCUAUGGGGGGGGCAAUUUUUUACAGAACUGUCAAUCACAAAAUCCAUUGAGUGAAUUACAACUUCCUUUUAUGCACAUUAUUUAAAACAUAUACUUGCAAAUCUUGCCUGAAAUUUUGGGGAAAUUCAGCUACUUGUGAGGGGGGCAAAAAAAAUCUCCCGUGACCCAUCUGUGGGUCCUGACCCAGACUUUGGGAGCCACUCAUUUUGAAGUACUAUUAUCAACCUGUUAAGUUAAAGGUCCAGUAUGUAACAUUUUGGAGGGUUUAUAGGCAGAAAUGUAGUAUACAUACAUUGUGAAGCCAAAGCUUACUGUACUGAAGAAGAACAUCUUUUGUGUAUACCAUAAUACCGUGAUGCUGUUGUAGAGUGAUUUGGAAGAGUCCACCGUGUAUUGCAAUCUGCAGUCUCACCAUCAGAUGUCACUCAUUCUCACACACUGGACCUUUAAUUGUCAUUAAGCUGUGAAAUUGUUUGUAUGGACGUGUGAGAUCGUUUGUAAAUCUGACAUAAAGACUAACAAUGACCGACGCACUGUGACCUUCAUUACAGACACAGUGAACACUUUAAUGUCCUCGGUGAAUAAAUGUGUAGGAUUACCACUAGUCAAGUUAACAAAGAUGUGUAAACCACGUUAAACAUGUGCUCAUGAGUGUGUGUUUUCCUUACAUCAAUGGAGGAUAGUAUUUCCUUAUUGGGGCUGUCACUUUUUUAUUCCAAAAUCAAUAUUAUUUGGAAAGUGGGAUGUGAAGUUCACGUUGAAAUUUUAAUUAUGGGCUAAAAGAUGUACAUCUACAUAAAGUUUCCCACCAUAUCAUAUGACAGUGAAAGCAGCAGCAACCAAAACAUUUAGGAUAAACUGGUUCAUAAAUGUGUGUUUCUGGCAAAAAAAGAUGAGGAAUUAAGGUUAAAAGCUGUUGGAGCUUCCUCCUGUUGUCAUAUUUUUGUAAAAAGUCAGAUUUCAAAGCAACUUUCUCUGGGUCAUUUCAUUGUGAGAUCAUCAGUGUUUUUGGUUGAGAGCUUUUUAGGUUAAAAACACUGAUGACCGUGUGUUUUUCAAACCAAUUCAGUUAGCCCAAAGUGUGAGGGCGUCGCUGCCUGUCUGCUGUGUGUGAAUUAAUAAUGUCUUUUUUGUUUUGUAAAAUAUCAAAUAUGUAAAUUAUUGUGUGUAAUGAACGCCAUAUUUUCUUGCUUUUCUUGCUAAAUGUUUGCCGCUUCAGUUCUACUGAGAAGCGACUGUAAAUGUAAAAUUUACAGUUUUCAUGUGGGAUUUCAACUGCUGUGAGCGAUUUACACAACAAAGUGGCGAUAGAUACCGUCAUCACUGUGCCUUCAAUUAGACAGUUUUGUUCGUUGGGAUAUCGAAGUGCCUUAAAUAAAACAGUUUGUGUUAAAUGGUAA